AUGUUUCGACACGAAUUAAUCCGUCGACAUCUAGCAAGUCACUCUCAUUUUUAUGAUUAUUCAGCCGGUGUUUGUAAUAUCACCGAUGAUUUAACUCGCGAACGACCACGUGUUUUGGUUAACAUAUCUGAAUUACUUUUAAAACUUCGUGAACAAAUUGUGCCAUAUCCUGAAGAAUAUUUUGAAGGACGAGGCAUCGUGCUUACUGUCGGCUUUGCUCAGGCUUCAUCUGAAAGAGUCACCUUGAAAAUGAUCGAAUUAAGCGGAACACAGUUACCUGUACAGGUAUGGUAUUCAUCGUCGCAGCGAUCACAUAACUAUAUGAUACAAUUACUUCAUGCAGUUCCGAAACUGAAUGCAAGUGUUUGUUGUUUUGAAACUGCUCAAUGUCAAACUCUGACCAAUGUUUGGAAUUUAAAUGCUACUCAUAUCUAUAAACCUCUCACAUCGAAUCUACCACACAGAUCUUUUCCAUACAAACCUGCUGCUAUAAUUAGUGCUACAUUUGGUGAAGUACUCUUUCUUGAUUGUGAUGCUUAUCUUGUGCGAAAUCCUGAUUAUUGGUUUCGAUCAGAUCCCAUGUAUCUUCAUUUUGGUGCACUCUUCUUCCCUGAUGCUUUUCUUAGUCGACAACAUCCUGCUGUAUGGAACAUUUUGAAUACUACAUGUGGUCAAAAUGAAUUUGAACUUGAUAGUUCUGUUAUACUCGUCGACAAGACACGUGUAUGGAAAGGACUCUACAUGACUAAAUUAAUAAAUGAUCAUCAUCAACUCUUCUACGAAGUAAAGUUAAUUAUUUGA